AUGAAUAAUUACAGGGAUAUCACUUUAACAUCAGUGCUGCAAAAACUUCUUGAGAAGAUUAUGUAUAGGCGAAAAGUGAAGCGUUGUUCAAAAAUUGAAUUUCCGCACAAAUUUCAACAAGGCUUCCGGCCUCAAUGUGGCAGUAUAACAGCCGCUUUUACUGUAAAGGAGUCGAUAUGUCAUUAUCUGGAACGUAACGCAGUGUUUCUUGACAAUGCAAAAGCCUUAAACAGCGUCUGGAUACAGGGACUGCAGUACAUGGUAUACAAAUUAGGCUUCAACGGAAACUUCUUGAAGAUACUAAACGAUUCGUUUCAUGGAGUGACAGCCUAUGAAUUAUACAACGGACAAAAGAGUAAGGAGUAUCCUAUUGAACAAGGGGCCGGUCAGGGAAGGACUCUCACUGCAUGGCUCUUCCUCGUCAUGAUUAAUGGAUUAGCAACUAAAUUUGAGGUAAGCGGUCUUGGACUUAGCAUUAAAAAUCUACAUAUCCCUUGUGAUUUCCUAGCAGACUUACUAUUAGCAACUUCAAUCCGGAAUCUCCAAUUGCAGUUAGACAUUGUACACGGUUAUGCAAAUACUUGGAGACUCAACUGCAAUUCAUCAAAGUCGUUAUUGAUGCAGUUUACCUGUCGGAAACUUCCCCCAAAGGAACCAGAGGUUCAGUGUUAUAUAGGAAAUACUCCAAUAUUCUGGGAAACAUCAAAAGUAUACAUGGGAAUAACAUUAUGUUCCAUCCUUAAACUCGACAAUGAUAUGUUAAUUCGUGCAGAAAGGGGCGUGCAACUGUUAAUAGCCUUAUAA